AACAUGAAUAUUCAUUUAUUUGUGGGAUUCUACAGUGACCACAUAUAGCUUUGUUGUAGCCAUUCAUGUAAUGAGAUUAUUUCUUCUUUUCAGAUUCUAUUACAGAUUCGGUGUGAUACUUUGGAAAAUAUUUAUCAUAGAGACUUUGUUGUGGACAUGCACAUGAACAAUCCAAUGAAUUUUGAUGCCUGAUCAAAUAUUUUCAUUCUUAAUGGAUUAGGGAUUUACAUUAUCAUUGUAAUGACGGUCGGUGAUUAAAAAAAAAACGACAGUUAUUCUGCUUGCUAUGACUUGAUUAUAAAUAGCUUCCGUCAGUUGAAUUUGAUAUAGAACUGAGAGAAAAAAUCCUUACCUUAACUUCAUAUUAUCACAACAAUACUAUAUACCACAUUUAUAAUAUCACAGUAAUAGGCCUACUAUGUACCACAUAUCACAGUUAUAGGCCUACUAUAUAUAAAACGGCAUUUUUUUAAAUCACGAAGAUGUCACAGUACGCCAUCGAUAUUAUCAUAAUGAUGAAAUCAGUCAAAUUAUAGGCCCAUUAAAAAAAUUAUGUUGCAAUUUUAAUUCUUUUGGCGAGUAACCUUAGGCCUAUACAGACCUGAGACCAGUACGUGCGUUGGUCUUUUGUGGUAGCAGCUCACUUAAAUCUUUCAUCUCUACAGAGCAACACUUUCGUUAGAUCAAAGUCAAUUUUAUAAUUAAGGUCUGCUUUAGGAGAUUUGUGGUUGUUACUAUGCCAACAUUUGACACUGUGUUCAAAGCUAAAUUAAUAUAUUUAGGCUAUUCAUAACGAAAUGACCACAGACCAUCCAUUACCUGUACCUGGUAGAAAGAGAAAGUGGGUGCGUAAGUCAAGAAGAUUGAUACCAAAGUCUCACUUAAUGAUCUACGAUAUCAUCUUUUGGCUGGAAAUAACAAAAUUUGUUCUGAUAGUAAUUUUCAUUGUUCGUAUCUGGUUUUACUAAGAUCAAGACAACCAUACAUGUUGUUGUUGUUUUUUUAAAGUAUCCCACGUCUGUGCGGCGCCUUUGACUAAAGUAGCUCUAUAUUAUAGACACUAAUCAUACCUUUUAACAACUUUACAUUUAUUGAAGAUUUUCAAGAUAAACUUAAAUGUCAAGGCCGCUACAAUAAACUUUAACUUUUCUAACUAAAUGAAACCUACAAAUGAAAUAGGAUUCUGUAGUGUUAAAAAGAAACAGAAAUAAUCAUAGAAAUAGAUUGGCAACAAUUCCUUUAGUGUGUACACCGGAUACGCCAAAUUGCUAGCUAUUAAAAGUUUCUCUGCCAUUAAUGAAAAUCUCUCAAUUCAAUUAGAGUGUAUUGUACAAACGUAGACAAAAAACGUAAACUGAGUCAGCCUACUAUAGCCUUUUACCUCAUCUCAUGACCAUUAUGAUUAGCAAUCAAUCGGGACAUUCAGGCUUACGGCUUUUUAUUGGUCUUAUACUUGUCAUGAUCCUUAUCCUUUUCUUCGGACAAAUGGCCAACUGGACAACCGUUUCAAUGUCCAGCACUAGUUUUGAAAGGCGUGCAACGUGUCGCGAUAUUCUCAAUACGAUGGUAGUAGGGAAAUGGCUGAAGAAGCCUCACAGUAAAGAAGAGAUUUCCCAGAUUAACAAGUUCCUGCACGCUGUUCGCGAACACCUGUUUCUUCCUUACUCACUGGAGAGAGAAGAUAAACUUUGCGGAAAUGUGACAUUUGAAGAGUUGAAUUGGAGAAUGCAUGAUCUCCACUGGUUUCGGGCAUUAUGCAACCCAGACGGAGACACUCCUUGCUGCUACAAUAAUCGCUGUGUUGCUAAGGAUGCCGACGAUUGCUACUGUGACUCCUGUUACGACAUGAGGCAGCCCAUACACGCGGAAUUAGCGACGUGGUCGCCCAGUACUUAUGAUUGUCAAAUGACUACAUUUACUAGCGCUGAAGACGUAUGCCACCUAUUGAGCAAUGUCACUCUCUAUAUAAUUGGUGACUCACUGCUGAGACAUGUUUACGUAUCACUGCUCACAUUAAUUAGGUCAGACACGAUUUACGGUCCACUUCUACAGUACACAUCACCAGGUGUGGUCCAAAUGUGUAAUGGGGAUUUCCUCCACCUACCAAUGUGUGUGAACCACAUUGACAGAGACACGUGGGCAUGUGAUCGAACAGUUAGGUUGAAGUUUUUUGAAUAUGUACGUUCAAGUCAGAGUAAUUUGACUUUGGCUGCCAUCUCAGAACUAAUGACAACACCAAACUCCUUAGUUCUUGUUGGCAUUGGAAUCCACGACAACUUCAAUUCAACAUCCAUUUUAAAUGAUCUUGUAUUCCCUAUGGUGAAGAUUGCUUCUCACUCCAAAUGGCCACGGAUUGUCUGGUCAGCGACUCAUUCGUUUGGGAUAAUGAAAUCGCCCCGCAUUGUAAGCCAGAAUAUAGAAAACGUGAUCCACUUUAACGAGAAAAUCAAAGCCGCUCUUCGGGGUUCCGGUAUUCCAAUAUUUGACACUUUUCAACUGACCAAUGGCACGAUGAGUUUUGACGGCGUCCAUUACGGCAAAGGUGUCAACGAUGUUAAGGCCCAAAUCUUUCUAAAUUAUAUAAUGGAAGAACGAGAGCUGGGUCAUUUAGAGAAUGAUGUAUGAAUAUUUUAUUACAAUUUAAAAACAAAUCUUAGUUUCUUUUUAAAUUAUUUUUGGUAUUUUAAUUCUCCCUCUCCCCCCUU